AACCCCUCGCGGGCGCAGCCGAGCGACCGCUGCGCGCUCCGGCGAGAGUCCAGCCAGGCACCGCCGUGCCGCUGCGCCGUACCCCGUCGUCGCCUCCGGGAAGCUGCUCCGGAGUCCCAGCACCGUGGCCUUCUGGAGCGCCUCCACGGUGAGCCCGUGAGGAGCUGAGGGUUUGUGUGAUAGGCUCUGUGCUCCAGGGCUCGGGACUAGAUCUGGAGCGGGUUUCACCACCUCGGCGGGGAGGAGCCUGUACGGGGGACGAUGGGGAGGCUGGCCGUCGCCGCGGCGGUGGCCGCGUGGGCCGUCCCGCUCGCUGCUCUGGUCGACUUCAUCGUGCCCGACCCUUACAUGGUCAGUGUUUUCUGCUCCACGAUCAUGUUCGCUGCAUUUGGAUGUUCUUCCAGAAUAAAAGCAACCGCGUACGAUACUUCUCAGGAUGAGAUCUUCCAUAUUCCUCAGGUGCAGCGCUAUUGCCGUGGAGAUUUCUUAACAUGGGAUCCCAUGAUCACUACCCCUCCUGGCCUGUACUACAUUUCAUUAGCAUAUGUUGCAUCUUUAUUUCCUGGUGCAUGGGCAAGUAGGACAGCAGGGGCGUUUGAUGCCCUUUGCACUACAGCACUUCUGCGGUCCACUAAUGUUAUCAUGGCAAUGAUCUGUGGUGUUCUAGCCCAUGACCUGCUUUUGUUCAUCAGGCCAGAAGUUGGCAAGAGGAAGGCAACUGUAUUUGCUAUUUUAGUGUCAUUGUACCCUAUUCACUGGUUCUUCACCUUCCUUUAUUAUACUGAUGUUGCAUCAUUAGCAGCAGUUCUUGCAAUGUACCUUUUCUGCUUGAAGAAACAGUUUUGGGUCAGUGCAGUGUUUGGUGCUUUCUCUAUUCUUAUCCGGCAGACUAAUGUAAUAUGGAUGAUAUUUUUUGCUGCCAAUGGAACCAUCGCUCAUGCACGAUAUCUUUAUGUUAAGGAUAAUGUAUCUUACAAGGACAGUGAACUAACAGAUAAGUCAAACAAAGAGGUAUCUGACAUGGAUAGUAAAGCCACUGCUCCAGGUUUGAGAAGACGGCUAAUCAAUAAUCCCAUGAACAAGAGAGAAGUUGUUUCUGAGUCUAAUAAAAUGUACUCCUGUUUAACGGAGGAAAUAUGGGAUGCCAUCUUCAAGUUAUGGAAUUCAAAGUGUAAAGUUUCAGUUGCUUUUAUACCAUUCGCAAUGGUUCUGCUGGUGUUUGUGGCAUUCAUAGUCUGGAAUGGUGGCAUAGUACUAGGUGCUAAGGAAGCUCAUGUUGUUUCACCACACUUUGCACAGUUGUUGUACUUUGGUCUAGUGUCAGCUGCCGCCCUCCUGCCAUGGCAUUUUACUCCUAGCCGAGUAUCAGACCUCUUCUUCUGGUGCAGCAAGAACAAAACAUAUAGUUCUUUUGCAAUUUUGGUGACUCUUGGUUUAAGCCUUGCUGCUGUUCAUUUCUUCAGCAUUGCUCAUCCAUAUCUUCUUGCUGACAAUAGACACUACACAUUUUAUAUCUGGAGGAAGGUUAUCCAAGUUCACUGGACGAUGAAAUACAUCCUGACACCAAUUUAUGUGUACUCGUGGUUUUCAAUUGUGAAUAUCUUAGGGAAAUCACAGACAAGGGUUUGGGUGCUUUCCUUUGUUUUAUCAGUUGCCCUUGUUCUCAUCCCUGCCCCAUUGGUUGAAUUUAGAUACUAUACAAUUCCAUUGGUCAUACUGGCUCUUCAUUCUCCAGUGAUCAGUAAUGGCAAAUUACUUGCUUUAGGGUUUCUCUAUGCUGCUGUUGACUUGUUCACUCUGGCAAUGUUUCUGUUCAGACCAUUCCAGUGGCAACAUGAGCCUGGAACUCAAAGGUUUAUUUGGUAGUUUAGGAUACAGAACUCAAGAGGAGGCAAAUUCCAGUGUACAAAUUCUCUAAACAUGAACACUAACAUGGCUUAUUUACGGGGCUGAAUGCCUUAAGAUCAUUUUUUUUUCUUUCAACUUUUCUGUACACUAUAUCUUAAGAAGCUUUAUGCAACUGAGCUUGUUAACUCAGAUGUUUCCUUGUCAAUUAACCACGGCUUGCGAUUCCAUGGAUUAGCUUGA